CCCGGGCCUCUUUACCGUGAGGACAGGCACCGAGAAAUGGUGCUGAGGUGGAGAUUUGAGGGAGGGAGAGCGGUAUCAAUCAUGCUGUGUUUUCUCACUCUGCGCACCUCUGCAUACCAGAGUACUUUUAUGUUGUUUUAAGUCUGUGUUAUGACUGUUUGUGAUUUCAAAAGGAUGUGUGCUCAGCUGGAUUUCACAGGUCAUAGAAGAACAAAAACACACAGCAUGAUUUUAGCGGUUAGCUCUGAGAGCUUGGACAUUAAUGGCACGAAGUCCAACACGUAUUCUGUAUGAAACCCCGCUUACUGCUGUGUCUCUCUGGGUGGAGGGGAACCUGCCUUCCUGCUGACUGGUAUCCUGGUUUCAUCCUUUCUGGAAUACGCGUAUUGUUUCCCCUGUUGCCGUGUGCAGCCUCCUUUGUCUCUUUUCUGUCCUUCAUGAACUGCGUAGAAAUUACAUACAGAAGGCUGAUGCUAACUGCUGUAAGGAUUGGGAAGGGUUUGGAGUGGUGACAAUAAGAGCUGUGGAUGCGGGCUGUGAAACCUCAGGUUUGCUUUCCAGUGUGGUAAUUGUGUUCUUUGUGGAAGCGAGGUGAUCAGAUAAGGUGCAGUUGUUUUGUUCACAUAAGCUGAACUGUGUUCCUGCUAUGUACUCUUGACAGGGACUUAAGAUUUCAGUGGGGAGAGGCUUUUUUUCCCCCUCUUUAUUGAAAUCUACCGUAAACGGUGCUACACUCGCCAUACACGGGCUCUGUAGUCAGCAGCUUGAGCUUCAGAUAGCUGUGAGCUUUCUGAUCUUUGCUGUCUGUUUCUGCCUAAACCUGCAUGUCUUGCCAUCAUUGCCACAUCCUUCUCAGGGGCAGGAUUCUAGUUGGAAGUUCAGUAACUUAUGUUAAGGACUGAAGGACUAAGUGGAGACCUGCAUAUUGACAGAGUGGUUAACUUAAGCACGGAAUUGCAUCAUAGCUUUCAUAUCAUCUGUAAAGAAAUGCUGGGCUCAUCCUUGGCUGAGUUAAUGUUUUUAAUCCAUUAUUUGCUGUUGUCUAGCUGAAAAUGAAAUCAUGCUUGGGUCAUCUCAGCUUUUAUAUGUGCUGUGUUGCUAUCUUUCAGCUUCACUUAACCCCUUUUUCUUUAUUGCAGCGUUUUAUCAGUGAGUGCUGUGGGUUGCCUGCAGGUUGCUUUGUGCAGUACCUGUGGGGGUGGAACAGGGUGCAAGAUUUUAAUUCUGCUCUGCCUUCUGUUUUGUGCCUAGGUAACUGCCAGCUGCAAGCACCUUGUCGAAUCCAAAAGUGCACCACUGAUUUUGUUUCCUUAACUUCACAUCUAAACUCGGCUCUUGAUGGCUUUGACUUGGAGUUCUGCAAGGCCCUGCGAGCAUACUCUGCCUGCACCUAUCGCAACUCCAAAGUAUGCCGUGGAAACCUAGUCUACCAUUCUGCAGUGCUGGGGAUCAGCGACCUCAUGAGCCAGAGGAACUGUUCCAAGGAUGGCCCCACAUCCUCCACCAACCCCGAAGUGACCCAUGAUCCCUGCAAUUACAGUGGCCACACAGAGGCCAAUGGAUAUCAAGGAGGGGAGAAAACUAUCCCUACUUACCUAUUUUGUGGCUUGUUUGGUGAUCCUCAUCUGAGGACUUUCAAGGAUCACUUCCAGACGUGCAAAGUGGAAGGUGCUUGGCCUCUCAUAGACAAUAACUACUUAACAGUGCAAGUGACGAAUGUGCCUGUGGUCCCAGGAUCCAGUGCUACUGCUACAAAUAAGAUAACUAUUAUCUUUAAAUCAUACCAACAGUGUACAGAUCAGAAAGUAUAUCAGGCGGUGAGUGAUGACUUGCCUGCAGCUUUUGUUGAUGGUACAACAGGUGGAGGUGAUGGGAGCACCAAGAGCCUGCAGAUUGUGGAUAAAGUCAGUGGCAAAUACAUCGAAAUGCAUGCCAGAUACAUUGGGACAACAGUGUAUAUACGUCAGCUUGGGCACUACUUAACACUGGCCAUUCGCAUGCCUCAAGAGUUGGCCAUGGCCUACGAGGAGAGUCAAGAUCUGCAGCUGUGUGUGAACGGCUGCCCUUCAAGUGAGCGUAUUGAUGACAGCGGCCACUUGCCGCUGCCCGUGAGAGGACAGGUGCUCCCUCAGGCAGGCGCUGCUCGUCCCCGGUCAGCAUACACACUGGAAACUGCCACCACCAAAUGCCAUGAGAAGAUGCUGUUGAAGGACAUCUAUUUUUACUCGUGUGUGUUCGACCUACUUACCACUGGUGAUGCUAACUUCACAGCUGCCGCCCACAGUGCUUUGCAGGAUGUGGAGGCACUGCAUCCCAGAAAAGAUCGCUGGCAUAUCUUUCCCAGCAGCAGAGAUGGUGGUGUGGGCAAAGGUGUUAAUUACAUCAACACAUUAGAAAGAAGGGAGAGGAGUGAGGGCUCCAGCUCUGACUGCGGUUACUGAGGAGCUAUGGGAACAACGAUGCAGUGGCUUAAAGGCUGGUUUUAUGUGGUGCCUUAAUCUGCUCCAAGAAACGGAAGCCUUAGUACAUGCUGCGGUACUCCAACUCCAGGACAGGCUUCUUUCACUCCUGAAGCUGUUCAUCUGAAGCUAGUUAGGUCUGCUCUUUGAACAAGAUCAAUUAGUGUUUGCCUUUUUUAAAAAACUGUUGUUUGCCUUGGUGGAGUGAGAUGUAGUUCAUUCACAGAAUGAGAACUUGUAGUUUUUAUGGAGAUUGUUCUGGCCAGUUUAGAGACUGUUGACUGUUAGGAACAGCAGUAACCUUCAGAGGAAACUAAUUAAUUCCUUAUUGGAUGUGUAACCACAGGCAAUAGAUGAACAUAGAACUGAGGUAAGGCGGAAGGUAAAAAAAAUAAAAAUAAAAAAAAAAAAUCUGAUCUAGAUUUGUUGGCAACUUGUUCUGUCAAACUUAGAUGAUGGUGCUGUUUGAAGUGAAUUAGAUCUAGGAAUUAAUGCUCUGUCUGAUAAUGUGAUUUUCCCAGGUUCCUCCUGACGAUGACAGGGUUCUCCCUGUUUUGUGUGGCUAAACUUAUUUAUCACUGCUCUGAAUUUAAGGGUCGUGUGGCUGAAAAUCAGUGGACAAGCCUAGCAUUGCUGCGGUGAUGCACAAAAUAGAUGGGCAGACCUUGUAUACUGGUUAAAUUCUACUGACCCUGGAUCCUGCGUGUAUGUACGUAUACAACAGAUAUGUAUACAUGCAUUAAAUUGUGAUCCUUUCAGAUAAAUAGCAUUUCAGAAAUGUAGUACUUCCCCUGAAGAGUUUUCCGUUUUCUUGUUCCUGCUGUGGGAUUUCUUGAGAAAAUGUUAUUUGCACAUGUUCAUUCUUGAAGUCUGCCAUUGCCAAGAGAGCUUUAGCUGAUGCCAAAUGUGGAUAUUUUGAAGCUUGUGAAUGGUCUCUGGAGAAAACUUAAGCUUACAGGGAACAGUGGUUUUUUCACACACGCUCCAAAUGGCUGUCUUUUAGAAGGCUGCAGAUUUUAUUUUCAUGCUUGGAAACCCUAAAAUGUGUCAGUCUUUUCAAAAACUUUUAGAUGUGGUUCAUGAAUAUACCAGUAAGUAUAUGUUAGUGUAAAAGAGUGGCUGUGCAGUGUGUAAAUAUUUUAAAUUAUUAUGAUAGAAGAAUAAAGUUGCCUACCUUGCUGA